AGGGGAGCGGGCAGCUGCGGAGCCACCCGCUGCUCCCUCCCCGAGCGCCCGCAGGUAGGAGGGCCCGGCCGAGCAGUCACAGCUCGCGCGGUGCGUCCGUGCCGGCCCUAGGGGCGGCCGCCGCUCUCCCUUCCUUCCUCCCUCCCUCCCGCCGGGCUCCCGCCCCCGGCCGUGAGUGCCGCCCGCCGCGGAGCGGGGAGCGGUAACUUUGCCCUUUCCCCGCCCCGCCAGCGGCUGCGGGAGCGCGGCCGGGCCGGGGGAAAGCGUGCGGGCUUGGGGAGCAGCUGCUCACUCGCUGCCCUCUCUUCCACUCUCCUCUUCGACCUUCGCUUCUGCUCGCGCCGGGACCCUUCAGAACGCCCAUGGAGACCCUCGUCCGCCCCACGGCCGGCAAGCCGCCCAGCGGGCUGUACUACAGCUAAGCUGGCUGUUGCUCUGCUGGCCGGUUGUUUUUCCUUUCCUGUUUUGGGAAGCCUGAUGCUGUUGCUGAUAAUGGUGCUGGAGAAGAAUGAAAGCUCGUGCUCCUCCUCCACCAAAUCAACCUUCUGCAGCCAGUAGAAUUCACAGUGAGCACAAGUCACCUGCAGAGACAACUGUAAUUUCUGAUCAGAGCCUUGUGAGCAUGAAGGAGAAUAUGAUAAAUAGAAUGGUGGACUUCACAGUCAUUUUACCCAGUGGGGUGGAACAGAAGUGCACAGUACAAGGAAGUAAAGCUGUGAUGGAUCUUUUGGUUGAUCUAUGCAGCCGGUAUCACUUGAAUCCAUCCCAGUACAGUCUUGAAUUGAAGUCUUUGGAAACUCAGCAACCUUUGAGUUACAAGCCAAACACUUUGAUAGGAGCACUGGAUGUACAGACAGUACUCCUGAAAGAGAAGGUUCCUGAAGAGAAGAUAAAGAGACCUCUGCCAAGGGCUCCUGAGAAAUCUGUGAGGCUGGUGGUAAAUUACCUGAAGACACAGAAGGCGGUGGUUCGAGUCAGCCCGGAUGUGCCUCUCCACAACAUCAUCCCAGCUAUUUGUGAGAAGUGUGAGGUCAGUCAGGAGCACAUUGUUCUUCUGCGAGACAGCAUCACUGGGGAGGAGCUGGAGCUUACCAAAUCCUUGGAGGAGCUGGGGAUAAGUGAGCUGUAUGCCUGGGACCGAAAAAGAGUUCCUCCAUCAAAAACUCAGUCUGAACCUUCUCUGAACUACAGAGAGCCAAGUCGAAGUGUUUCACUAAGCAAUGAUACAAUAGAAAAAGAAAAGAAAGGAUUUCUGGGAUUUUUCAAAGCUAAUAGAAGCAACAGCAAGACAGAAGAACACUUGAGGAUGAACAGAGAUUAUGGUGAGGAGGAUGUUUUUAGUUCUACAUCUACAAGUGAAGGAAGCUUGGAUGGUUUUUCCACAGCACCAAACUCCCCUUCAGUGAAUUCCCGUUCCAGUACCCUGGGCCCAUCGCUGUCCCUUGGUAAUAUCUCAGGAAUGACAGCAAACCCAGAAGUGAAAAAGCGCAGAGCGCCUCCUCCACCAGUUUUGACACCUCCAUUGCAGACUAUGGAGAUGAGUGGACCGGAGAAGACAGCAGUACAGAUUUCACAAGGAGCAUCUCUAAAUGAUCUACAGAAAAAGAAGAGGCGUGCACCUCUUCCACCAACUCAGUCUGCUCCACCCACUCCUGCCAUGCCAAAUAGGAGGGAAGAGAUGGAAGACAAGAGAAAGAGCACAAUGGGUGAUGGACGGCAGGUGCCACAAAAGCCUCCUAGGGGCCCCACUCGUGGCCCACCCCAGUUAGUGAUCCCCCCACCCCCACCUUACCCUCCUCCUGACAGAGACAAUAUGGAUCCAGCAGUCUCUUACAGAGAAGCAGAUGUUACAGCACCAACAAAACUGGUACCUAAACAGAGCCUGCUGCCAGCACAUGAUAAUUUUUAUGUAGUGGAUGAUACAGUUAUGGAGCUAUCAGAGGUAGAAGAAACAGCAUCAGAAAGCAGCUGCUUUGCAUCUGAGGACACCACUGAAGACUCAGGUGUAGUGAGCUCCCCAUCUGAUAUUGUGUCGCUGGAUUCACAAAAUGACAGUAUGAAGUUGAGAGACGUCAAGCUGGUCAAUGGCUAUGUGGACUCUGACACAAUCUAUGGUGCAGAGACUUGCCCUGUAAAGAACACGUACUGCGAGAACAUGGGAUAUGCCAGUACUCUACAGAGCAGCAAAAAUGAAGAAAUGGCUGCGGCUAAGCAGGAGAAUGAGGAUAUGUUCAUUGAUGCACAGCUCCAGCAGACUUUGGCUGACCUGGAUGAAGAUUUAGAAGCAAUGGAUGUUUUAAGUAACUCUGACUCUGAGCACAUCAGUGAAGUGUUGAGCCCGCAUACAAGAAAAGUUGAGAUCCCCCAAGAUGUUGCUAGUUCUGUUCCAGUAACAGUCAUAGAUGAUGCUCCAGAAGUUACCAUCUAUAACUCAUCUGGAAACCAAGAGACAAAGGGUUCACGGAAUUUAUCAGCUGACUCUGUUAAUACGGAACACUUUACAAAUAAAAACAACAAUGCAGGUUCCUUUGAUAAGGGACACACUGAUGGUGGUGCUGCAUGUAUUCCCAAGGACCUAAUACAUCAGCAGCCAUCCGAUAACGAGUUCAGUCACUUACCCGUGGAACAGAGGAGGGAUAUGUUUGAAUCUCUCGCAUCCUCCUUUGAAAAAAGAAGUGAAAAGAAUGUAAGAGUAGAAGCUCCGCCCAGACAUGGUAUGAAGUCUGAGGAGUGUAAAUCUAAGCUGACUUCAUCUCACUCCAAGACUGCAACUGAAAUCAGUACAGCAAAAGAGAAAGGAAAUCCAUUUAAUGAAUGCAGUAAGAGGGAGAGACCUCUGAAAAAAAGUAAGUCAGAACUAGAAAUCAAACGGCCACCAGCAAAAAAAAUUGAAGUAGAAGAAGUCCCAUCAACACCCCCAUGGUGUCAUCGUGCCCAGAAACUGGAAACAAAUUAUGAACCCAAAAUGGGUUUGACGACCUUCAAAGUUGUCCCUCCCAAACCUGAAGUAAAAAAUUUUGAUAGAGGUCUUUCAGUCUCCACUGGUGCCAUUAAGAUAGAUGAACUAGGCAACCUUAUCAACCCGAAGCCUGUUGUCAGUAAGAACAUACCAGGUACCUCUACUGGUGAAAGUGAGGAAAUUCCUCUUGGGAAAGUGAAGGCAUUCUGGAGGUCAAGUUCUAUGGAAAAACAAAGUGAUGACUCUGCUGAGCAUCUUGCUAAAAAGCCAGCAGUUACCACAAACUCUAAAUCCUUUGUUACAAAGCAGGAAUGCAAACCCGUCUGUCUUGCAGCUCCAAAACCUGUAGCACCACAAACUGUUAUUUCCCAGGUAGGUGAAAAACAGUCUGAGAAUGAGAGGACCAAACCACCUCUUCCAGUUACGCAGUCUCAGGUAAAACCAUUAGUGGUCCCAGCCAUUAAUAAGGACAAGCCGGAGCUUCCAUUUCUAAAGCCUCAUAGGAGAACUUCAAGUCAGUAUGUGGCCUCUGCCAUUGCGAAACACAUCAACCUACCUACCUUUAAGUCUGAUUCUGCAGAUUUGCAUGAGAAAGAUGAAAAUAAGCAUGGGGCAGGAGAGGUUAAAACUGAAGCUGAAGUUUCCCCCAAAAGGUGUAUUAUUGUGGCCAAAUACAGCCCCGUGGAAACAGAAUCAGCAGAAACAAGAGAAAAAAUUUCUAGUAUUUUUACUUGUAGUCAAAAAGCACCCCACAGAUUCACACCUGGUGAUAAUUCUGGCAUGGAAAACAAAGUAGUGAACAUCAGGGCACCGAAUCAAGCAACUCCUGCUAGUUUCUAUAAAAAGAAUGCCAGUGUCCCACUUACUAAAUCCUCUUCAAAGGAUAACAACAAAGCAGAAGAUGAUCACAGUUUAAACAGCAAACAAGGUACAGCAGACAAAAAGACGCAUCUUUUGUUUGACCAGAAAUGUGAGACUUUGCCCCGUAGUAAUUCAGUCUCCUCUCUCAAGUCACCUGAUCUCCAAGGAGCCUCACCCUCCUUUAGCUCCUCUUUGCGAGUCACUAAAUGGCCUCCUGCUGACAGCGUGCAAGUUAGUUCCCUGAAAGCAUCGCCCGAGUUCAAUGGUGUGACAGCAAAGGCAGAAUCAGAACAGAAUGACAAACCUGAUGAUUCGGCUGCAAAUGCUAGCGAUGAAUUGGAUGUUAAUGUGCAGACUAAUAUCUUUGGACCAAAGAAGAAGUUCAAGCCUGUUGUCCAAAAACCAAUUCCAAAAGAUACAUCGCUGCACAGUGCCCUAAUGGAAGCCAUUCAAACAGGAGGGGGAAAAGAGAAACUCAGAAAGGUUUCAGACAGUGCUCUAAAUGGCAAUCAUAAGAAACCCUCAUAUAGUGAGCCAGAGAAUGAACGCUCAGCCCUACUUGCAGCAAUUAGAGGCCACAGUGGCACCUCCAAGCUGAAAAAAAUCUCCUCAUUGGCCUCCGAAGAGCUCCAGAGUUUUAGGAAUGCAGAACUGUCUUUACAGAAAGCAGAAGACCCUCAGAAAGAGCAGCUCUGUAUUCCACCUGCCCCUGCCCAGCCACCACCACCGCCUCCCACCCAGCUGUCAACAGCAACUUUUAAAUUCUCUGCCACCACUACAGGUGAUCCUGGAGAGGCAAGGCGAGCCCUAAUGGAGGCCAUUCGCUCCGGUGCUGGAGCAGCAAAGUUAAAAAAGGUCCCUCUGCUUGUUUGAAUCACGUAUAAAGAACAAGUAAUUGGAAAAUCUAACCCUAUAAGCACCUAUAAUCAUCAUUCAAGUUCUGAAGGGCAAAAAAACAUCAAGACGUUUAGUUUAUUCUUUUGUCUACACGCCAAAAUAAGUUGUAGUUAAUUUUCUUUGUGUUCCUGCAUAAUGGUUCUAAGGGAAAAAUAUGUUGCUCUGCUGUAAAGCUUCUGUGCCAAGGAAUUGUGUUUUGCCUCUGAAUAUUUAAGGUUGCCAAUAAACUAUUCUUGUUGGCAGGUUAAUAAGAAUAUAAACACUGUGCAGUCCUAUGUUCAUACUUAAUUGUGUUUAUGGGCAAAAUGAAAAGACUUUGCUAGCUAUCUGAAAAGUAAUAUUCAUUUCAAGUUGUUAAGAAUAUAUAACUGUUUCAAACCAUUUACUUUGUAUUUGAUUUAGAAAGGGUUGUAGGCGAUCAGGGGGGAAGAGGAGAACAAAGAUCUGUAGAAAACAAUCACAAGGAAAAGGUUGUGGUACAUUAUGAGGAACCUCAACUGUCAUAUGUGGAGUCAUUGUUGGUUUUUUAAGAUUAAGUGAACGUUACAUCUUUGGUGGAGCUCUGAGAACGCAGUCAAUCGAGAGUGAAUGUGAGACUGUGUCUACUGAAGAGUUACUUAUGGGGUAUGACGUAUCAUAUACUUGUAUGUAUAGAUAUACCGACCCUAGUAGCAUUCUUGGCACUUUAAGAACUGAGACACCUUAAAGAAUCCCUAUUUGCAACAGACUGUGAGGGUUAUAGAAUAAGAUUUCAGAGCACUCCAUAGAGAUCCAGGAUUUAGAAUUCAUUCCCACGCUGCAAAAGGAAGUGAAGCUGGUUUGUAUUAGAAACCAGGACUUUGUCUCUUGGUCAGGCUGUGGAUAAUUUUGCCCUUUGCUUCCAGAAUGUAUGGUUGUUGUAUGUUGUCUCAUGAGUAUUUAUAAGCAGCAUCUUUCUCAAAUGUUAACUACUUCGGUAGUUGCUGUUGUACAUAUUUUGGCAAUAUUUUGUUGAAUUGAAAUGAUUAACUUAUAAAGGAGAGAUGAAAAAUGCUUUUUCGUAUUUCCUGUAUUGUAAUGAAACAGAGGAAGAUGAAGUUUGUACAUUUACACUUUUAUAAUCACAGACCAGAGUGUUGUUAGAUUUUUUUUUUGAAGAUGAAAUUUAAAAUGUAUAGUUAUAUAAUGUUGAAAGCAAGAGAAUAUUUAGCCAUCUGCAUUUAAUAUGACUGUAUAUUAUAUAUUGUAAAAUAUUGAUGUCUGUUAGUGCCACAAAUAAAAAUAAAAUGAAAACCUUA